CUCUUCACAGACCCGGCUGAGAUCGAGGCCCUGCGAGGGAACCUGCUCGCUUGGUACGACAGAUGCAAGCGGGACCUUCCCUGGAGGACACUGGCAGCAACUGAGCUGGAUGCUGACAGACGGGCAUAUGCAGUGUGGGUGUCUGAGAUCAUGCUCCAGCAGACGCAAGUGGCUACACAAGUGGCUACAGUGAUCGACUACUACAACCGCUGGAUGCAGAAGUGGCCGACACUGCAGGCUCUGGCACAGGCAUCCCUGGAGGAGGUGAAUGAGCUGUGGGCUGGACUUGGCUACUACUCAAGAGGGAAACGUCUGCAGGAGGCAGCAAGGAAGGUGGUGUCCGAGCUGGCUGGCCAGAUGCCCAGGACAGCUGAGGAUCUGCAGAAGCUGCUGCCGGGAGUGGGCCGAUACACGGCGGGAGCCAUUGCAUCCAUCUCGUACGGGCAGGCUACUGGCGUUGUGGAUGGGAAUGUGAUCCGGGUCCUGUGCCGCCUGCGGUGCAUUGGUGCCGACUCUAGCAGCCCAGCUGUCAUUGACCGGCUCUGGGACAUGGCCAAUGCCCUGGUAGAUGGGAGCCGCCCAGGGGAUUUUAAUCAAGCCCUGAUGGAACUGGGGGCAACUGUGUGUGUGCCCAAGGCUCCGCUGUGCGGGGAGUGCCCCGUGAAGCAACACUGCCGAGCACGACGCAGGGUGGAGAAGGAGCUGGCCUUCGCCUCUCAGAAGCUGUUAGGAAAAGCUGCCCCAGUGCUUGAUGUUGAGGACUGUGGUGUUGGGGGCUGUCCGCUGUGCCCCCCAGCCACAGAGCCAUGGGACAGCAGCCUCGGGGUGACCAACUUCCCCCGGAAAGCAGCAAAGAAGCAGCCACGGGUGGUGCAAAUGGCCACCUGUGUGCUGGAGCGGAGGGGCUGCCAUGGGGCCCCGGAGUACCUCAUUGUGCAGAGACCCAACUCAGGUCUCCUGGCUGGGUUCUGGGAGUUCCCAAGUAUCCCGCUGGCUCAGGGUCUGCAGGAGAAGCAGAGAGAGGUGCUGGCAGAUCAUCUCCAGGCCUGGACAGGGCAGCCCAUGGCAGCUGGAGGCCUGCGGUUCAUUGGAGAGGUUGUGCACAUCUUCUCUCACAUCCACCAGACGUAUGUGGUCUACUCCUUGCCCCUGGAUGGGGAUGUGACCCUGGACCCUGCAUUGUCCCCGUCCCGCUGGGUGACAGAGGAGGAGUUCCAUGCCUCGGCUGUGUCCACAGCCAUGAAGAAGGUGCUGAAAGCAUGUGAGAAGCAGCAUGGGAAGAAGAGCAGCCCUGGCAAGGGCUCCAAGCGGAAGCGGGGGGCAAAAACACAGGCAGCGGGCAGCACCUGCUCUGGGACACAGCUCUCCCUCCGCACCUUCCUCCAGGCACCAACUGCCCUGUGA